AAACAAUGGCCAAGGAUACACCCAAGUCCGGCAUUGCUCAGGGCCUCAACAAGGGUCAUAAGACCACCCCUCGCGUCACCAAGCAGCGUCCGGCACGGACCAAAGGGCACCUGAGCAAGCGGACCCAGUUUGUGCGGUCCAUCGUCAAGGAGGUUGCAGGUCUCGCUCCGUACGAGCGCCGAGUCAUUGAGCUGCUUCGCAACGGGAAGGACAAGCGGGCGCGCAAGUUCUCCAAGAAAAAGCUCGGCACCUUCGGACGGGCAAAGGCAAAAGUCGAUGAGCUCACGCGCGUCAUCGCCGAGUCACGGAGGGCUGGCCACUAAGUGCAUCAAAACUAUAUAGUUAUAAUGAAGUUAUGCCAGUUCAUCGCCUUGAUGAGGUGUUCAGCACGCUGAAUGAAGAUAUUCCAUGGCUAGGCAUUGAAACUCAUUACAUGCGCCUGCAUCUUAUCACCGUUGUAUCCUGUCAUGAGACUGCCUAAUAGCAUUAUGGCAUCAACUAUUCACACCGGCGAAUGCCACAGUUUAGAUCGAGAUGGUAGGCCGCGCUCUGCCGCCAGGCAGACGCUGCCACUUGCCAUUGAUUAGAAAUCUCUGGCCAGUGCUAGCAUGAUAGCCUUCUCUCAGAAAACUGGCUUAGAAGGCGGCA